UCUUGCGUCAUCACGCAGCAGAUCAGCGAGCAGGAUCCGAACAGAGAGCGGAGACACCGAGAGGGAAGAGGGUCCGUGAUAACUGUGAAUCUAACCUCCUCUAAAUCCAUCCUCAUCCUUGGAGAAUUAACACUCAUCCGUAUCACAAAUAGCGAGAGCAUAAAGUACACACUUCAAGCUUUUUAACAAGUACCGUAUUGCCGCAAUAUGAGGUUAGUAGCGUUUUAAAAUAAGUGGCGAAAGAUUGUGAGAGCUGAUUUCAUCCGGAGACAAGACACAAUUCACCGCUUGAAGAGGUUCUGUGUCGGAUGUUUUUGUCUAUUCUAAUUUGAAAAAAAGCUUGGACCUUGAAACGGAACAUUUUAUCUUAAUAUUUUGGAGCUAGCGAGCUUGCUGGCCGACCACAGACCGCUUAUCAUGGAGUUGAGAGUUGGAAACAGAUACAGACUGGGCAGGAAAAUUGGAAGUGGAUCAUUUGGAGACAUCUACCUUGGCACUGAUAUCUCAGUCGGAGAGGAGGUGGCUAUUAAACUGGAAUGUGUGAAGACCAAACACCCACAGCUCCACAUAGAGAGCAAAAUCUACAAGAUGAUGCAGGGUGGAGUGGGUAUUCCGACGAUAAAGUGGUGCGGGGCCGAGGGCGACUACAAUGUGAUGGUGAUGGAGCUGCUGGGGCCCAGUCUGGAGGAUCUGUUCAACUUCUGCUCUCGGAAGUUCAGCCUCAAGACUGUCCUGCUGCUGGCCGAUCAGAUGAUCAGCCGCAUUGAGUACAUCCACUCCAAGAACUUCAUCCACAGAGACGUGAAGCCAGACAACUUCCUGAUGGGGCUGGGAAAGAAAGGCAACCUGGUCUACAUCAUCGACUUCGGCCUGGCCAAGAAAUACCGUGACGCCCGCACACACCAGCACAUCCCCUACCGCGAGAACAAGAACCUGACCGGCACCGCCCGCUACGCCUCCAUAAACACACAUCUGGGCAUCGAACAGUCCAGACGGGACGACUUGGAGUCGCUGGGCUACGUCCUCAUGUACUUCAACCUGGGUUCUCUGCCCUGGCAAGGCCUCAAAGCUGCCACCAAGAGGCAGAAGUAUGAACGCAUCAGCGAGAAGAAAAUGUCGACGCCCAUUGAGGUCCUCUGCAAAGGCUACCCAUCUGAGUUUGCCACCUACCUGAACUUCUGCCGCUCACUGCGGUUUGACGACAAGCCCGACUACUCAUACCUCCGCCAGCUCUUCAGGAACCUCUUCCACAGACAAGGCUUCUCUUACGACUACGUCUUCGACUGGAACAUGCUCAAAUUUGGUGCCAACAGAGCCGUGGAGGACUCAGAGAGGGAGCGCCGGGAGCGGGAGGAGAGGCUGAGGCACAGCAGGAACCCCGGGGCCAGGGGCAUGGCCUCUGCCUCAGGAAGAGCCAGAGCAGCUCAGGAUGUCGCAGCCCCCUCACCACUCAACCCUGCGUCACACACAGGUUUGGAGAAGGAGAGGAAGGUCAGCAUGCGUCUUCAUCGUGGAGCACCUGUCAACAUCUCCUCCUCAGACCUGACGGGACGCCAGGACACAUCCCGCAUGUCCACCUCACAGGCUCUGUCCCGGGUCACACCCAGCGGCCUCCAGUCUGCAGCCCCACGGUGAAACCCUCCCAUCCACCCGUGCACCACGGAGGCCUCAACAUGCACCACCUGCAGCACGCACACACACACACAUACACACACACACAUACACACACACACACACAAACACGCGCACACACACGUACAUAUACACAGGACUCUUUAAGGACGCGGAAGACUUAACAACCCACACACAAGAGUCUGGCUGCGCUCUUGUUCACUCAACGGGGGGGAAAAGAUGCACAACCAGGAAUGUGUGUGUGUUUGUGUGUGUGUGACAGAGAACCAUCUUGGCAAAGUAGCAGCCACAGCCUCCCUUCUACUCCCAUGGAAGAUGUGGAAACACCCCUCCCCCCCCCCACCCUCCCUCCUCCCCCCCACCCUCCUUACUGUUGAUGAAGCCAUGGAUUCACUUUUCUCUGGCAUCCUUUUUUUUUUUUUUACUUUGGUUUUACUUAUUUUUGUUGUUAGCAUUAAAAUGUCUCUCACACCAGCUCCACUGGCCCAAAGUCACAAGCUGUCUGGGUUUGUAAACGGAUCAGGAUGAGUCUGUUAAUUGUUGUUAAUGUGUGGGACUUUUUUAACUAUGAAAAGCAAGAAGACAGUGUUAAAGGACAGUGCCUAAAUUCUUUUGUGUCCUGAAAGACUCCUUUAAUCCCACAAGUUGACACAUUUUCCUUUUUUUGUUUUUAGAUGUUUUAGGUUUAAAUUUAAGGUAGUAUAAUCCUACUUAGUUUUUAAAAUGGGACUAAAGGCCUUUUAAUGUUUUAUUUUCAAAGGUUAUCCCAUAUUUUCUUUUCCUCCUCAGGUGUGUUAGAACCAGGAAGUUAUAGUUGAUCCAAAAACACGCAGCACAUUUUCUUUCCGUCUUCAGGUUGUGACUGCAGUGUGCUGCCUGGGAAAGCUGUGAAUGGAGCAGUGAAAUAGUCGGGAGGGUCGAUGUGUCCACACUGAAUGGAUGAGACGUCGUUUUUAACCCGGUGCAUAGUGAUGUGGUUUUCUGUGUGUUUGUGUGGUUCUGUCCUAGGGUUGUACAAGCUCAAACGGGUGGGGUCGAGGGUUUUCUUUCUUUUACUUCUUUGCCUCCUAAACGCCACUCCAGACCAUCUUUCCAUCUGCUUCCACUUUGAGUCCAAAUGCAGCUUCUUUUUUUAAAAAUUUUUUUCAAGCAUACCUUCAAACCAUUUCCUACCUAGUCCUUGUUCAACACUCAUCAACUUUGACCAAAAUUUCAGAACGUUGCACCUUGUCUGGAUGUGGCUCACCAACACAGUCCUCCUAGCCCAGUAGACACCACAAAAACCAACCUCACAAGCGCUUAAAUAAUGUCUUUUCCAAUGUAAUGAUACUUGCCACAAUUUACAGCUUUCACUAUCGAUAUUGCACUUCUUAAAAUGUUUUAGUUAGCCAGCCCGGCGCAAACAGGGAGCUGGAAAAACCAUGACAGAGAGCAUCAAAACUGUAGGCCAAAGGCAAAACAGUGGUUAAUGUUUGUCAUUUGGGGGAUUAUGUUGGAGAAAAGCCUCCUGGUGAGCAAAACAAAUAGGUCUUUGGUAAAAUUAUUCUAUUACCUUUGAUAUUCUCUUACAACAUGGUUACACAGUGCACAUUCAAACUACAUCAGCAUUAGUCCUGUACGGUUCUGUGUUAAAGGGACACUCCACCAGUUAUUAUACAUCAAAAAUCAAUUUACAGGGAGUACUACUCAGCCUGCGAAAACAGUUGUACAAUGUCUUCUAGGGGUCUGAAGAAGCUUUGAUAAAAGCUGCAUUAUGGGAAAUCCAUAAUCCUGUGUUUUGGAGCUUGACCCCAUAAUAAGGGGACUCAUUUCAGUUAAAAAUCUUUUUAUGAACCUUAGAAACAGCUGGCAUAGACACAGCUUAGUAAGGUGAGAUAAACAAGGGAUUGAAAAAGAUCAUCGGACUUGGAUUAAAUCUGACGCUGAUCUUUCAGAGCAGCUUGGCACAUCCCCAUCAGAUGAAUGAUGUGAGAGUCCAGGUGGAAAAUGGCCAGGUGUGCUUUAACAUCAGGCUGGAUGGAACUGGGGGAGGUUUUGGAGAGGUUUGGACGGAGUGUUGUCUUAAGAAACGAGGUCAUGGCUGAGUCCCAGUGGUAUCGGAGCUGGAGCCUCGUGCGGCUCCUCUCGGUCGGCCGACCUGACCAAUAAAUCCUGCAGAUUUUGAAGUAGAAAUUUCUCGAUGUGGUAGACUGGUUGCAAAGUAUUGUAGGCCAUUUUCUGUAGUUGAAGGGGGAAGGGGUUGUAGUGGUUAUUUGUACGUGUUUGUUCUGAUGUUGUGUAUAGGAUGUGCCUACUCUGUCUACCACGUCCACACGAGCCGCUCUCCGGUUUGGGAUGAUGACAGCGUAUGGAGGGACAGGGAAUGCUUCACUCCAUUAGAGUUCCUGCUAACGCAGGUUUUUUUUUUUUUUUUUUUUAAAUAUACAUCACCUGUGGGAUUGAAAAACAAACAAAAAAAGUGAUGGAUUAACUUGUCUCACUGAUGAUGGCUAUGAUAAAUGCAAGUACACUUUACAUGGUAUAAUAGUUUUUUUCAGUCUGUCGUUCAUGUCUGCUUCACUCAGUUAUUUCUUAUUUUCACCUCCUGUCUGAUUUUACUUUUAACUACAGUGGAGAUGGUUGCUCAUGUCCCACAAUGCAUCUUACUGUUGAUUCAUGGGAAAUCUUUGUCUUUCCACCCCCACCUUAAGACUUUUGCUCCUCAUUUGUAAUGCCACUGUAUUUGUGUAUUUUAAAAUUGUGUAAAUAAAUUAAUAAGUACUUGUA